GACGAGGAGAGAUUCCAAUGUUGUACUUGUACAUUGUGGAUGCUCGCUUCGCACGGAGUAACAUGGCCUGAUCUCGCGUGGAUGGCUUCCUCCUCAAAAGAGGGGUCUUCCUCUCCAGUUUGGGGGACUUGCAUGGAUUAAGCCACAAUUCCUCGUUCUCUUGCCAUCUGAAGGUUCAAGGCGGUCUACCGGCUGCUCAUCUGCGUCCGGUAUGUGACUCUUGGACAGUCCUUCAGACUCUGGCACGGCCAUUACUCCGUGCAUGCAAAGUUAAAUGACCAACGGGGAGUUCAAGGACUGUUUCGACGGAUAUUCUUAACAUGGAGAUCCAUCGAGAAUCACCGAAUAGUCCCAAGCAAGCCAGGGCGAAGGCUUGCUUGGAAUGCCGCAGGCUGAAGAUGAAGUGCCGUCCGGUUGCUGGCAGCACAAUAUGCGAGCGGUGUAGGCUGAAGUCAAUGGAUUGUGUCUUCUACCAGAAGAAACGAGGCCGAAAGCCCGCAAACCAUGACAAGCUUGAUCAACAUAAUACACGACAAAUUGCUUCUCGACCAGCUCUUCAACCAGGCUCCUUUGGGGACAUGAAUGAAGUGGAUCGUGUGCGCACAUAUGAUUCAGUGUCCUUGGAUCAAACCUCAUGUGGCCAUCCUCCCGAGGAUGAAGAUCGAGACUUUUUGGCUGACUCGGAAGGAUUCCAACCAUCUGGUCUCUUGAACAAGCAAGCAACAACAGGCGCCUUUUCACUCAAAAACAUCCUAAGCACAAGCCCCAACAUCCAGCCCCAAGCAUCCCAAGAUGCUGUUGCCAUCCCAGAGGAUGACCCGGUAUUGAAAGAUAUCGUAUCCUACCAUGUCGCAACUUCUCUGUUUGAAGGGUUCAUGAAGAAUCUUAAUCCCUUCAUUUGUGCUCUGGACCCAGAACUAUACACCUUUCAGUAUGUACGGGCACGAUCGUCAUUUUUGUUGGCAGUCAUUCUUGCCGCAUCAGCCAAAGCCUUCAAUCCGCCGCUGUAUCUCAAACUGCAGAAAUACGCAGAAACUCUGUACGGCAACGCUUUUUGCAGGGGUGAAAAAUCCCCUGAGAUCAUCCAGGCUUUCAUUAUCAGCACUUAUUGGAAACAACCAGAAGAUACUCGCUCGUGGUCGGUCAUAGGCUACGCUAUCAGACUUUGCAUGGAGCUCGGAUUUCACAAGCUGACCACUGACCCCAAGUACGCCGAUCCGAAGACUCCGGAAUUUGAGGUAAGGCAAAGGAGGAACAUUGAGCGUAUAUGGCUUCUGCUGUUUGUCUACGACCGAAGUAUGAGCCUCCAAACUGGAAAACCAUGGAUGAUCGAACGGAGUGAAUUCAUUGAAUCCGUGAACACCUGGUAUCGAAAUCCAAUGGCGAUUUCCAAUGAUGCUAUGAUGGCAGCUCUAGUGACCCUGCGAAUUGCUGCUGCGGAUAUACUAGAGGCCUUCAACCCUCAGCGACCUGCGCCCUCCAUGAUACAAGCAUACCGUUUCGAUUCUCUGUUGAAAACCCACAGCAUCCAGAUCGAUGCUUGGAAGAAACACUGGGUAGAAAUAACUUCUGAGAGGGAACGCUGCCACCCAUUCCUCGUCUCUUUCUUUGGUACACAUCUAUCUUUGCUGCUGUACUCAUUCAAGCUUCAGGGUUCAGUAGCAUCGCCUCUUGGGGCAUCGGCAUCCUUGGUAGAUACCGAAGCUUUUUGGAUCACCUACACGAGUGCCUUGAAUAUGCUUCAGCUAGUGUCACAACCAUCUCUUACGGCACUCCUGAGCUUUGCGCAUGACUCGAUCCAUACGAUGACGGCCUAUGCAGCGGCAUUUCUCAUAAAGUUGCUUCUAUCUGUCAAUGUCACGAUUCGAAAGCAGUUUGAGGAUCAGGUUAUGAAAACGAUUGAUGAAGCAGCCGCCAUUUUUGCACAACAGUCGGCACCGCCCACUUUUGGCUGCGCCCUGCAAGCCAACUUUCUCACAAACGUCCUCCAGGAGUAUAAAAAGGCUUGCCAACGACGUUCGCAAACACAUAAGGUAGCAGAAGAGCAAUCGACUUUCUUGACUUGGAAUGAGCCUAUCCGGCCGGCACCACCUGCCAUUAGCAGCGGCCGAGUUGUUAGUGAAGGACCAUUACGACAUGCACCAUCAGCCAAUCUUGCAAUGCAUUCAGCUGUAGAUAUUAGCGAUACCUUCAUCGAAGACGCAGAUAGCUCCGCAAAUAAUUUGGUCUUCUACAACGAUGAAGAUUGGAGUACCAUUUUCGCAAAUGCCGGGUUCAAUAUCACCGGUGGCGUUUUCAUACCUGGAUAAUUCUGCUGGAAGAGCCUCGAGUGAGAACGAGGUGAUUGCGUCACUUCAUCGAGCUCAUCGUCGCACUGAUUCGCGUCAUUAUGGUUGGCUAUGCUUCUGCCAAUUUUAAAACGCCUCUAUGGGAGCAACCAACUUCAGCGUCCGCUUCGAUUUCGACUAACAUUUGGUCUCCGACCAGACCAGCAGUUACGAGGGUAUUGGCAGGCAAGAUGCCAGCGUUCGAGAAGAUCGAGCCAUGAGCUCGACUAACUUCUUCACACAUUCCAACAUCCCGGACCAGGAUGCGGGUCCUGACUAUAUCAGAAAGGGAUGACCCCAGGGCCUUCAAAGCCCCUUCAAUAAUGUCUAAUAUACGGAUCGUCUGGCUGUGAGCAUUGCUUCCACCAACAACUGGGACAGAGGGGAGUGGCGAGUUCGACGUCGUUCCGGACACACGGAUAUGACCUCCUGUUCUGACCGCUCGACAAUAACCCUGCAACAGAACGUCAGCACUCAUCUUCAGGGUGGCCAUCUCACUGGAGGAUUCCAAUCACGACGUACCGCAAUUGGCUCCCAUUUGCUUCCAGAGCUAUACUCUAUUCUUUUUCCUUCAGACAAUGCCUCGUCCAACUGCUUGUACUGCCUUCUAUCCUGCGAAAAGUGAUCGCUCAAGUCUCCAGCCGCGGUCAGAAAAGGAGGUCGUCUGUAUUCGUCUCCACAAUCACCGGGUAUAUCGCGCAGGCCGGUUUGAGCCUCAUGAAUGAGGUCCAAAUCAUCUUGAGCUAAUUGGAAAGAGAAGGCUUCCAGGUUCCGGGCAAUGUGCAACCGAGAAUCUGCUGACAGGCGUGUUCCGACGAUAACAGCCUUGACUGAAGGAAUAUCCAAGACAAACCGGGUGGCGACGGCUGGAAUGGAAACCCCAUGCCUUUGCGCCACGACGUUCAAAGCUUCAAGAACUCUUUGGAACGGUUCCCAACCUCCGGCCUCCCAUAUGAACCGCAGAUACUUUUUCAAACUCCAGUUUAGUCGGCUGAUAUCAGCGGGUUCGGGCUUUCCAAGCCACGUCUCACUGAGGAAGCCGCCGAGAAGAGUUCCAUAAGCCAGCACGCCAACGUCAUACUUCAGACACACUUCGUUCAGCCGUCCGGAAGUCAAUCGGCGGUCGAUGACUGAGGUCGGGAGCUGGUUGGUAGCGAUAGGAAAUUUGGAAUCAAGAAGCAUUUGCAGAUGUGCUGCAUCUGUGUUGGUGAGGCCUAUCAAUCCGAUCUUGCCUUGUUUCUGCAGAUCGUGCAAGUGGGUUAAAUUGUGAAGAUAUGUGUCGUCUGAAAAAUCCCAAGCAUGAUCUGGUACUCGACGUCAACUCAGACUCUUUGUAGAUGAGCAGAAGGUCCACGAACAUUGCAACAAAUCGAUCUUUUGCUGGC